CAGUUUAAUGUUGGCACUAAACCGGGUAACACAGAAUUAAAACUACUCGUGGUUUAACAAGAAAUAAAGAAAAAAACUAAAACUAAAUGAACAACAAGAAAAUUUUGAAUAAAAUAAUAAAACCUUAUGAAUAAAAGUGUUUUAGAAGAAAAUCUUAAUAUAAAAAAUAUACGAAUUUAAAGAAAAAUGAUUAUAAGUUUUUGAAAAAAUAAAAGAUAAAGUUGUUUUACAUUAAAUAUUAUAAAAAAACCCCGACGCUUUUAACAGAAAACAAAUUUUUAACAAAAAUGUUUUUAAAUGAAAUAAACUGCAAGUUUAUUUAAUUUUCUAAUUGAACGGCUUAAAUUGAACGUGAAAUUGCUUUUAAAAAAAGAUUAUUUAUUACAAAAAAAGUGUUAAUUUUUAAAAUUAGCUGGUGUUUUGAGCAAAAAAAGAAAAACAACAACAAAUAUAUAAAAAAAAGUGUUAGGCAUUAAAUUGCCUUUAAAUUAAGUAGAAAAAAAAAUAAGAAUUUCAAAAUUUAUUUUUAAAUUAAUUAAAUAAACACAUUAACAACAACACACAAUGGAUUUAUUUACAAUUUUAAGACUUUUAACGGUUUUAUUGGCCAGUUUAGCAUUAACCAAAGCCGAGGCUAAACAUAAACCUGGCCGGGGGAGAGGUUCCAUGUGGUGGGGCAUUGCCAAAGUAGGUGAACCAAAUAAUAUCUCACCCAUUAGUUCGGGUAUUAUGUAUGUUGAUCCCGCCAUACAUACAACCUUAAGAAGAAAACAAAGACGUUUGGUGCGUGACAAUCCCGGUGUUUUGGGCGCCUUAGUUAAGGGAGCCAAUUUGGCUAUAAGCGAAUGUCAACAUCAGUUUAGAAAUCGUCGUUGGAAUUGUUCAACGCGUAAUUUUCUAAGAGGCAAAAAUCUAUUUGGAAAAAUUGUCGAUAGAGGUUGCCGUGAGACUGGUUUUAUUUAUGCCAUCACUAGUGCUGCUGUUACACACUCCAUUGCCAGAGCCUGCAGUGAGGGUUCCAUAGAAUCCUGCACCUGUGACUACAGUCAUCAAUCGAGAUCUCCUCAAGCUAAUGCUCAAGCUGGCAGUGUGGCUGGUGUUAGAGAUUGGGAAUGGGGUGGCUGUUCUGAUAAUAUUGGUUUCGGUUUCAAAUUCUCCCGCGAAUUCGUUGAUACUGGUGAACGUGGCCGUAAUUUGAGAGAAAAAAUGAAUUUACACAACAACGAAGCUGGCAGAGCGCAUGUACAAGCUGAAAUGCGUCAAGAAUGUAAAUGUCAUGGUAUGUCUGGUUCCUGUACGGUGAAAACCUGCUGGAUGCGUUUGGCCAAUUUCCGUGUUAUUGGCGAUAAUCUUAAGGAUCGUUUCGAUGGCGCCUCUCGUGUCAUGAUGAGCAAUAGUUUAAGACCCAGCGGUAGUGCUAAUGCUGUGGGUACUGCCAACAGUCCCAAUGCAGUGGGUUCUUCAUCAUCGGUUAUAUCCCCAAAUGCGGCCAGUCCUAAUGCUUACGAUGAGGAUAGAAUGUUAAAUGAUGAACAUGUAGUGAAACAUCAUCCAAAUAUGCCGUCACCCAAUAGUUUACCCACCUCCUCGAAUGCUGUAUCGCGCAAUUCAGUGCGUGGCAGACAAAGACAGGGCAAAAAAAAUAAUAGAUAUUCCUUCCAAUUGAAACCCCACAAUCCCGAUCAUAAGCCACCAGGCACCAAAGACAUUGUCUACUUGGAACCCUCACCCUCAUUCUGUGAGAAAAACUUGCGCCUAGGCAUCCAGGGUACACAUGGACGCCAGUGUAAUGAUACCUCGAUUGGUGUAGAUGGUUGUGAUCUGAUGUGCUGUGGCCGUGGCUAUCGUACCCAAGAAGUGGUGGUAGUCGAACGUUGUGCCUGCACAUUCCACUGGUGUUGUGAAGUCAAGUGUAAAUUGUGUCGAACGAAGAAAACGAUACACACGUGUCUGUAAAGCAACAGCACAGCUGGCGCUGGCAAUAAUAUCAUCUACAACAACAACAUUAUCAUCAUCUGCAUGAUCAUCAUUAUCAUCUUACACACACACAUUUACACACAGCAUAUACGUUUCUUUAAGCGUAUUCAGAGUAUAAAAGUAGACCUUGUCCUAGAACAAGGCUUGUUAUUUGUUUGAAUAUAUAUAUAUUUUUUUUAAUUUUUUAAUUUUAUAAACAAUUUUUCUUGUACAAUGUAUUUAUAAAAAAAAUCCCUUGGCUUGCCGUAAAUAAUGAAAAAAAAUUAAUAAUUUGCCAACCACACGAGUACAAUGAAAUCAAUGAAUGAUUUUGACAAAAAAUUAAUUUGCCAUACUUUGUAAAUGUCAAUAAGAAUUUAUUUUUAAAGCAAAACAAAAAAAUUUAAAAAAAAAUGCAAAUUGUGUGGUCUAAUUUAUUAAAACAACAAAAAAAUUUAAAAAUACAAAAAAAAAAAAAAAAAUUAAAAACGCUUUAGACUUUACUUAAGCGCUGGAUUUAAAUAAUUUAUUUUGAAAAAAAAAACACAUAAAAUUUACAUUUAUAAACAAGCAAACCGUCCUAUUCUCUAUAAAUAACUCUCAUUUGUAAAAAAAUAACUCGAAAUCUUUACACAAAAAAAAAAAAAAAUUAUAAAAAAACAUAAAAAAAACAAAAUUACUAAUUAAUUUAAAAAAAAAAAAACAAAGUUUAAACAAAAAAACUUUUCUAGCAGUAUUAAAUUUAAACCUAAAAGCCUGAGUAAUUUGCUCUCUAUAACUCUUGCUAAAUCUCUAACUCUCUCUCUCUCAUUAUAACUCCCUUAAAAACUAGAGAUCUUAACAUGAGAAACCUUAAAGCCCAGUUUAUUAGCUAAUUAAGUAAAAUAAAUUUAAAGCAAUUUUGCAACAAAUUGUUUAAAAUUUUUAAUUAAAACUAAAACAAAAUGCAUUUCCCACAAUAAUAAUAAAAAAAAACGAAAAUUAAUUAAACGAAUUAAUUUGUUUUUAAAGACUGAAUUUUGUU